AGGCGCCUCUUGUUAGUAUUGAUAGGCGCUCCAUCAACAGUUGUCUGCUCACUGAGGACCACGUAUAUGUCUUAAGCCACUUCCACGACGGAUUUACGUAACUAUUUUGAAGACAACGGAUUCUUUUUGUAAAGUGAACGUGUUUUCUGGAUCUAAAUAAGUGAUUUAUUGUGUGAAUUUUGAUCUGAGUGGACAAAAUCUCCAUUCACGGUAUUCUGACCAGAGAAUCUUUGUGGAAGUCAUUCUCUCCAUAGUCGAUAAGUGUAUGACGAAUAGGUUGGAUUUUAAUGAAUUAUUUUUGUGACGUGAAUAUAUAUUAGCCCAUAUCGUCUAUUUCUCGUCCAUUUCUCGUUGUUGGAUUGUACACUCCAAAGGUACCCACGGACAAUAUUCUUUAAAAUAUAAAAAAUAUGCCGGGCCCCCGAGAUCCAAAGAAAAAGAAAAUGGCGACAGCAACGAAGACGAAGGAGUCUGCAGUGCUGAAGGACAGCAGCCUCGCCAUUCUGGCCAAGGAGAUCGGCCAGGAAGACCUAAAUGGACUUGUGUUGACCAUGUACCUUAACGUCCCAAACACAGACAUUGUCAAUAUCGCCAACGGUGCGUCUGAAUGUGGACUCGUAGACGCUAACGAAUCACUGCGAUCAGAAACAACGCGCAAAUGUCUGAUACACUGGAAGAACAUGCGCGCUGGAGUAAAGGAGCGGGAAAAGGUGAAAGAAUUGGACAGAGCACUGAAGGAACUUGGGAAAGCAGAAAUCGCCGACGUUGUGUCAGAGCGACACUCAAAUAACGCCGAUUUGACGCCUGAUGCUUUCUCUAACCUUGGUUAAAGGAGGCUUUAAAACAGACUUUAACACAUUACAUCGACCGCCACAUUUCGUUUCUACUUUUAUAUCGACACUAUUUUAAUCCAGUGAAUGGUAAGGUUAUGUGCUUCUAGCGUAAUUAAGGAUGUAUGUUAUCUAAAUGAAUCUCCUUUCCUAAAGCGUUAGAUUUUUUGAAGUGUAAUUUGGACUAUUUUAAUUAACUGACACACAUUAGCAGGUAUCCAACAAAUGAACUGCUUUAAAAACAGCUGAGGAUAGUUUAAGACAACUAGGGGAGAUAACCCCGCCACAAAUAAUAUCACAUGUAUACAUGUUUCGACACCAAUGAUCUAGGUAUUACUGUUUGUGAUGUAGAUCUGUUAUUAAUAAUUUGUGUGUAAGGUAGCCUGUGAUUUGAAUAUGUACAUGUGUAUAACAACAAACACUUCAUUUAUAAACGUUGAACUAGCUGAUCCGUGCUAGCUGGAAAGCAACUAACUUUGAUCACAAAUUACCAGAAGAAUGUAUGCAACUUUAACUGCCAAAAUAUCUUGUUCUUGGAAAAUGUUUAAACAAAAAACUACUGGAUCAAUAUACCGAUACUCAAAACAUACGAGUUAAUUUGUAUUGUAUUCAUAAUUGUAAUAUUUUCAUAAUUAAAUAUUGAAAAGAUA